AUGGCGCUGAGCGAGCCCAUCCUGCCGUCCUUCGCCACGUUCGCCAGCCCGUGCCGCGAGCGCUGCCUGCAGGAGCGCUGGCCGCGCCCCGAGCCUGAAGCCAGCGGCACGGACGACGACCUCAACAGCGUGCUGGACUUCAUCCUGUCCAUGGGGCUGGACGGCCUGGGCACUGAGGCUACCCCGGAGCCGCCGCCGCCGCCUCCUGCCUUCUACUACCCGGAGCCCAGCGCCCCGCCGCCCUACGGCGCCCCAGCGGGAGGCCUGGUGUCGGAGCUACUGCGUCCGGAGCUGGACGCGCCGCCGCCCCCUGGACCCCCGCCAGGGCCCGCGCUGCACGGCCGCUUCCUACUGGCGCCCCCCUGCCGCGCAGUCAAGGCCGAGCCGCCUGAAGUCGACGGGGGAGCCUACGGCUGCGCACCCGGCCUGGCCCGCGCGCCGCGCGGCCUGAAGCGCGAGAGCGGCCCGGGCGCUGCCUGCAUGCGGGGUCCCGCGGCUCCGCCCGCGCCGGGCCUGCACUACGCGCCGCCCACCGGCGCCUUCGGCCUAUAUGAGGACGCGGCCGCCGCGGCUGCCGCACUGGGCCUGGCACCGCCCGCUGCCCGCGGUCUGCUCACGCCGCCAGCCUCGCCCCUGGAGCUGUUGGAGGCGAAGCCCAAGCGCGGCCGCCGCUCCUGGCCCCGCAAGCGCACUGCCACGCACACCUGCAGCUACGCCGGCUGCGGCAAGACCUACACCAAGAGCUCCCACCUCAAAGCACACCUGCGCACACACACAGGCGAGAAGCCCUAUCACUGCAACUGGGAAGGCUGCGGCUGGAAGUUUGCGCGCUCCGACGAGCUCACAAGGCAUUACCGUAAGCACACGGGCCACCGGCCGUUCCAGUGCCACCUGUGUGACCGUGCCUUCUCGCGCUCCGACCACCUGGCGCUGCACAUGAAGAGGCACAUGUAG